AUGUCUACUGGAUCUCCCAGUGACACCGAGGACAUUCAGGAAAUGGAAUUACAGGGGCUCCAUCUCAAAUGUAACGGUCUGAAGCACGAGUCGAACGAGGCGGAAUUCUAUAUCUCCGCUGAAAACACGGACGAAUCGAGCUCUGACUGCAGCACCAAGAGGAAGAGGCGAGGGGCUGUCAGGAGAAAACAACUGCCCAGGCUGGGCAAAGAGGGCAAGCAAUCGCAGAGAAACGCUGCCAAUGCCCGAGAGAGAGCCAGGAUGCGAGUCCUGAGCAAAGCCUUUUCCAGGUUAAAAACCAGCCUGCCCUGGGUGCCCUCAGACACCAAACUCUCCAAACUUGACACCCUCAGACUGGCAGCUAGCUACAUCGCACAUUUAAGGCAAAUCUUAGCAAAUGAUAAAUAUGAAAAUGGAUACGUCCAUCCGGUAAAUCUGACCUGGCCAUUUGUGGUUUCAGGAAGAUCUGAAGUAGAUAGCAAAGAUCUUGCCACCACGUCCAGAUUGUGUGGGACUACUGCUUAG